AUGCAGGAGAAGAAUCUGACCUCUGUCUCUGAGUUCAUUAUCUUAGGAUUUCAAGUUAGCCAAGAAUUAAGACUUUUCCUAUUUUGUCUUUUCCUGGUGAUAUAUUGUGGGACAAUAUGUGGGAAUCUCCUGAUCAUCACCCUGGUGUCCACCAGCAAGAACCUCCACACCCCGAUGUACUUCUUCAUCUCACAACUAUCCAUCAGUGACAUCUUGGUGAUCACAAAUAUUGUCCCUAACAUGCUUCAUAUUCUCCAACAUAAUUGGGGGACAAUUACUUUUAUUGGCUGUAUGACUCAAUUGUAUUUCUUAUGUGCCCCAGAAGUAUUUGAGUGUUUUCUCCUCGCUGUGAUGUCUUAUGACAGAUAUGUGGCCAUCUGUAAUCCUCUCCGUUACUCCUCUAUCAUGACCGAUGGGCAUUGUGUGAUAUUGUCUAUGAUCUGUUGGUUUCUUGGAUUUUCUCUCAUUUGGAUUUUCAUCACAACAAUGGCAAAACUAUUUUUUUGUGGACAAAAUAUCAUUGACCAUUUGUUCUGUGACAUUGUCCCUUUACUAGAUCUCACCUGUUCUGAUACAUUUAUUGUCCACUUGGAGCUGUAUAUACUAAGUAUUCCGUAUGUCUUCAUACCCACAAUAGUCAUUGUAAUGUCUUACACUUACAUUGUGUCAGCAGUCCUAAAGAUCCCAUCCAAUACUGGUAGACAGAAAGCCUUCUCCACCUGUAGCUCCCACCUCAUUGUGGUCUCCAUAUUCUACUGGACUAUGUUCAGUGUUUAUAUUGUCCCAACGAAAGGCCUAACACCCACCAUGAGUAAAGUCCUCUCCCUGCUAUAUACUGUGUUUACUCCAUUGGUCAACCCCAUUAUAUACAGUCUGAGGAAUAAAGACAUUAGGAAAGCUGUACAGGAAAGACUUCAUAAGAGGGGGAUCUGGUACAUAAAAGGUCAGAGGGUCUUCACAGGUGUUGCAUGUUGA